CUUUUCCUUAUAUUUUCACAUCUUUUGUUGACAAACAUCUAUUUGAUUUUGGUAUUUAUUUAUUUCUAAAAUAUGGUUUCAAAGGAAAAACUACUCAUUCUUGGCUUCUUUGUCAUAGUUGUUUUGAUAUCCUCAAAGGUGACAGCUAGAGACUUGGCUAAGGAUUCCUCAGUCUCUACAAAAUUCGAAGUAUUUGAAGAAAACAAUGAUGCAAGUGGUGUCAAAUAUAACAAAAAUAUAAGCACAAGAAACAAUAGUGUUCAUCCCGAUUGGUUCAUCAUUCCUUGGAUUCCCAAGAUUCCAUGGAUUAUUCCUUGGAUUCCCAAGAUUCCUUGGAUUCCUUGGUUGCCUAUGCCUGGAGGGGGAACACCGCCUGGUGGUGGUUACGGGGGACCCGGAGAACCUAGUGCUCCCGGUGGUGGUUAUGGGGGACCCGGAGAACCCAGUGCUCCCGGUGGUGGUUAUGGGGAACCACCUAAAGAACCUAGUGCUCCAGGUGGUGGUUACGGAGGACCUGGAGAACCUAGCGGAUCUAUCAACCCGGGACAACCUGGAGAUCCUGGGGAGCCUGUCGAACCAGGACCAGUCGGGCCUGGCGAACCACCUGGAAAACCUGGUGGUCUUAGCGAGCAUGGUGGUAGUAUGACAGCUAGGAUGCCUAGGGUUGAAACAGAUAGGACUCCUGGAGGUGGUUCUGGGGUGGCUGGAGGGGGUUCUCCUAAUCAAAAAGAUUAUCAUGGAGGACACAUAUAAAAUUGUGUUGUUAUUAUUAUUAAUAAUACUUAGUUCUAUCUCUCAAAAACCAAUACUUAAUUGUACACAAGUGUUGGUAUUGUAACGACUUAGUGAGAUCGUGAUGCUAGAGUUUUUAUUUCAACUUUAAGAAUAAUAUUGCAAUUAAGCAUAUUGAUACUAUGUGUUGUUUCUUUAA